AAAUUUCUCAUUCGACAUUAAAUAUUGCAAACUUGGUAAAUUUAACAUUGCCAGAAUUUUCAGAAGUGGGUAAUGCAAUAUUUUCUUCAGAACCUGUUUUGUUUAAUCAGUCUAGAGAUAUAGAUAAUAUGAAUUAUAAUCCUAUUCAGUUAGCACAUCAAAUGAUAGCUAGAAAUAAGGAUAUUAAUGAUUGUGUGAAGAACUCAAAACUGUUGUAUAAGAAAACUCUCAGUUUAGAAGAA